UACGAAAGUUCCUUCGUUAUCUCUUUUGAAGGGUUCCUGUCUCUGUUUCUAUUUGUCUCAACAAAUUUGAGAAAACCAAUUUUUAGAAAAAAGAAGGAAAAUGAAGCUAUUACCUUAACCAUGAAAUACAUACAGAUCUUCCCUCCACUAAACCAUAUUUCUUUGCCAAGGGUUUUUGCUUUUCAAACGAUUUUUCUGCCCUUUCUCUCUUAAUUUUUCUUUUCUUUUCCCUUGUUAGAGUUCAGGUUUAGAUUCUUUUAAAGAAACCAUUAGAUUUGAGGUUCAGCUAAUAAAUAGGGUUUUUCUGCUUUGGGUUUUCCUUGUUGCGUCGUAAUUUUGAAGUGCGGAUAAGAUGGAUGUUUCUAAGGAUCUUAAGCAAUUAGGCGAUAAUUCUAAAGGAGGUACAUUAUUUGAUGCAUCACAAUAUGCUUUUUUCGGAAAUGAUGUUCUCGAGGAAGUUGAAUUGGGGGGGCUAGAUGAUGAUGAGGAAGAUUUACCCGCAAUUGAACUUGAUGAAGAGGAAUUUUUGUUUGAUCGAGAGGAGGGUGGAAUUUUGAGAUCAUCAUCACAAAUAGAUGACCUUGAAAGUACAUUUUCAAAGUUGAACACAGUUGUUAGUAGACCAAGAGGCUCAGGGAUAAUUGGUGACAGGGGAUCCCGAGAAAGUUCAUCUGUUGCUGAGUGGGCACAUGGGGAGGAAUUUCCUUACUGGCUUGACCAGCAGGCUCUUGAAACUGAAAGUAUUCCUGAAGGCAAGCAUUGGUCAUCACAACCAUUGCCCAAUUUGGACCCGAAGCAUCUCCUCAGGACAUCCUCAUACCCUGAGCCACAGCAGCAGCAGUCACAACACCACCAUCUACAUUUCUCUAGUGAACCUUUUCUAGUUCCAAAAUCUUCUUACACUUCAUACCCUCCCCCUAGUGGCAAAUCUCCUCAAGCUUCACCAAAUCAACAUUCUGUUCAACUGAAUAUACCAUAUAUGGUUGGUGGGUCACAGAUGUCGUCUUCGUCAAAUCUCUCCACAAUCUCUAAUUCCCAUCCUCAAAUGCCAGGUUUACAUCAUGGGUAUGGUGGGAAUAUGGCUCAAUUGGUUCCUGGUCUGUCUGUCAAUAACCGUGCAUCAGAUCAAUGGGGGAGCCAGCCCAAAUUAUAUGGUGGAAAUGGUUCUGGUGUUUUGAACAAUAUGUUGCAGCAGCAGAUAUCUCAUCAAAACGGUUUGAUUCGACCUCAAUUAAUGCCACAGAUGCAGGUGCACCAGCAGAGACUGCAGCAUCCUCUUCCGCCAUCACCUAACCAUAUGUCAGGGAUUCAGUCGCAACUAUUUAAUCCUCAUCAUUCCGUGUCCCCUCCUCUAAUGAACCAAUUUGAAGCUGUACUUGGCAUUGGUGAUUUGCGAGAUCACAGACCUAAAUCAGCUCAGAAAGGUAGGCAAAAUCCUCGAUUUUCUCAGCAGGGCUUUAAUAUUGGAUGGCCUCAAUUUAGAGCCAAAUAUAUGUUGCCUGAUGAGAUUGAGGGCAUUCUUAGAAUGCAGCUUGCUGCAACUCACAGUAAUGACCCCUAUGUGGAUGAUUAUUACCACCAGGCUUGCCUUGCAAGAAAAUCUGCUGGGGCAAAGUUGAGACAUCAUUUCUUCCCGACUCAUCUGAGGGAUCUUCCACCCCGAGCACGUGCAAAUGCUGAGCCACAUGCUUUUCUCCAAGUUGAUGCUCUUGGGAGGGUUCCUUUCUCUUCUAUUCGGAGGCCUCGCCCUCUUCUGGAAGUUGACCCUCCAAAUUCAUCCUCUGUCGACAACAAUAAUCAGAAAGCUUCUGAUAUGCCCCUGGAACAAGAACCAAUGCUUGCUGCCAGAGUUACAAUUGAGGAUGGUCUAUGCCUUCUUCUUGAUGUAGAUGAUAUUGAUAGGUUUUUACAGUUUAAUCAGUUACAGGAUGGUGGCGCACAGCUGAGACAUAGACGGCAGGUUUUGUUGGAAGAGUUCGCAGCAUCACUUCAAUUGGUUGACCCUCUUGGUAAGAAUGGCCCCACAGAUGAGCUUGCUCAGAAGGAUGAUCUUGUCUUCUUACGAAUAGCGUCCCUUCCCAAAGGCCGGAAGCUGCUUGCAAGGUACCUUCAGCUUCUCUUUCUAGAUGGUGAACUCAUGAGGGUUGUCUGCACGGCCAUUUUCCAUCACUUAAGGUUCUUGUUUGGAGGCCUUCCUUCUGAUCCAGGAGCAGUAGAAACUACUACUAACCUUGUAAAGGUUGUGUCCUCGUGUGUUCAUGAGAUGGAUCUUCAUGCACUUAGUUUUUGUCUUGCAGCUGUGGUUUGUUCCUCAGAGCAGCCUCCUCUUCGUCCUCUUGGAAGUCCUGCUGGAGAUGCGGCAUCUUUUAUUUUGAAGUGUGUUCUUGAUAGGGCAACAAAACUAGUGACUGAUUUUAGAGCUUGCAGUGAUUACAGUAUGAGCAAUCAGUCCCUUUGGAAGGCCUCUUUUGAUGAAUUCUUUAAUCUUCUUGCCAAGUAUUGUUUAAACAAAUAUGAUACGGUGAUGCAGUCCUUGCGUAUGCAGGUCAAACCGAAUAUGGUAAUUGAUGAAUCAGAUGCUGCAAAAGCAAUUAAAAGAGAAAUGCCAAUUGAUCUGUUGCAGGCAUGUCUACCACACAUUAGUGAGCAGCAGAAAAAGCUGUUAUGGGAUCUCUCUCAGCGGUCUAUGCUUGUUGAGCAGUCAUGAUACAUUGGUGGGAGAAGCUUAAAUUCACACAUUUUUAGACAGCCAAAGCAAAGUGAUGCCAUGUGUUCUGUAAGCAAGCAAUUAGCUUAUACCGUUUCAUUUGUGGUUGAUGGCAAUCGUGGAGCAUCCAGGGUGGUUCAGGUGAAGCACUAAGGGUACAUAAGCUAUGGUCCUACCGGGGCGGUUCAGGUGAAGCACUAAGGAUACAUAAGCUAUGGUCCUAUUUUAAUUCUACAAGUUGAUGUGUUUUAAUCUUUAACGAUAACAUGCUUCUGCUUAUUUAGCAAAACGUUAUGAGUGGAGCUAGCAAUGUGUAUUUAUGAUAGAACGUUGCAGGGAUUUUCCCUUUCCUGGGGUUCUUCCAAUAGGUUGGAGAUUAUUUUGAUGGAACUCGUGUACGGGGAUGUAGUUGUCUAGUAUAUAGGAUGUUCUGUGCAGAAGAUAUCCUACAUUCCGGCUUAUAUUUUUGUUUAAAGGACGUGGGAUGGAUCUGUCGGAAAAACCGCUGUGCAAUGUAGCAGAUGCUGAAUAAAGAAUCAAAUAAUGCAGUCUACGGGGAGGUGUGUGAUAUUGUUGCCUUGUCAGUUCAAUUGGAAUGAUAAAUUUAGGUUUGAUUUUGAUAUUUUUCUUUUUCAUUUUCAUGAAAGAGAGAAUCUCUCUUGGCCCUGCACUCGGGCAUUGGUUUAGUGUUG